UGCUCACCUUACAUACUGACCUCUACUUCGGUACCCUAACCACUCUUCAAGUCUAGGAUCAGCAUCACCACCUCUACUACUACCUAUCCAGCAGCUUCCAUACCAUGGCUGUCCGUUGUCAGUUCGAAAACUCAUCAGAGAUUGGCGUAUUCGCCAAGCUCACAAAUGCCUACUGUCUGGUAGCCAUCCACGGCUCUGCCAACUUCCUGUCCGUCUUCGAGUCGGAGCUAGGCGACCUCAUCCCGAUUGUAUCCACGUCCAUUGCCGGUACCCGUCUCGUUGGAAGAUUGACGGUAGGAAACAAGAAUGGACUGCUAGUGCCGUCGGGGACUACAGAUCAGGAGCUUCAACAUCUGAGGAAUUCUCUGCCAGACAGUGUCAAGAUUCAGAGGGUUGAGGAGAGGUUGAGCGCAUUGGGGAAUGUCAUCGCUUGCAAUGAUUACGUCGCAAUCGUCCACCCAGACCUUGACAGAGAGACAGAAGAGAUCAUCGCCGACGUCCUGCAAGUGGAAGUGUUCCGCCAAACAGUAGGCAACAAUGUCCUCGUGGGCUCCUACUCUGCCAUUUCAAACGUCGGCGCACUCGUGCACUCCUCCACGCCUCUGACAGCACAAGAUGAGCUCUCCUCGCUUCUACAAGUGCCACUUGUGGCGGGAUCCAUCAACCGUGGUUCGGAUCUCAUCGGGGCGGGACUGUUGGUGAAUGACUUUGCGGCCUUUGUGGGACUGGAGACGACUGCUACGGAGAUUUCCGUCGUGGAGGCUACCUUUGGGUUGAACAAGGGUGGAGAGGGCAAUGUGGGAGAGUUGAGGAGCGCAGUCGUAGACUCUUUCGCUUGAGUGUGACUUCUCACUCGUUGCGUUCUUUGCUUGUUGGAGAUGUGGACUUCAUACCUCGCCGCGCCUUUCAGUGGGAUCGAGCGUCUCUGAUCGCAUUCAGUACUUGUUUAGACGAGCGUCGGCUCUAUGUCCGAUCCUACACGCUGUAAUCUACUAUCAAAAGCAUUUAAU